AUGGGUAACUCAGUUUCCAAGGUGUUAGGGAAACUUUUCGGUACCCGGGAAAUGAAGAUAUUGAUGUUAGGCUUGGAUAAUGCAGGUAAGACAACAAUUCUAUACAAGUUGAAAUUGAAUAAGAUAAAGACAUCUGCUCCCACGGUUGGUUUCAAUGUUGAGACUUUAUCGUUUAAGAACGUCAAAUUUAACAUGUGGGAUGUUGGUGGACAAGCUCGGUUAAGGCCACUAUGGAGGCAUUAUUUCCCUGCUACGAGCGCUUUGAUCUUUGUAAUUGACUCUAAUGAUAAAGAACGAUUGGACCAAGCGAAGGAAGAACUAUUCAGCAUAAUCGGUGAGAAAGAAAUGGAAAAAGUGGUGCUAUUAGUUCUAGCGAAUAAACAAGAUCUUCCAGGAGCAUUGAGUCCCAAUGAGGUUUCGGACUUUUUGCAACUGGGCGAAAACUUGAAAAACCAGUUAUGGAGUGUGAUUGGUUCGAAUGCUUUGACUGGUCAAGGUUUGAUCGAAGGUUUGUCCUGGAUUGCUAAGAAUACUUCAGAUUCUCAUUGA